UUGGUAUUUCAUGUAGAAGAAGGGAAAGAAUGGCAAUGGCCACCAUGGCUUCCAGUCCAAUUUUCUUCUCCAAAUCCAGGUCUUGCUCUUCUACUAGUUACAACAAAAGGGUACUCCCACAACGAGUUGCAGCUGUGGCCUCAAUCCCAUUUCAGCAACCCAUCAACGUGGACUACCUGGAGCAAGAGUUCAGUGGCCAUGGAGUCAUAUUCAAAGGCAUUGGUGAUGAUUGUGUCGCCAAGAUGAGCCUCGACAAUGGCAGUAAAGCCAUCUUGAUGCUACAAAGUGGCCUCAUCGCUUCCUAUAAGGCCUCCAUGUGGCAUGGUGGCACAGUUGAGUUGCUCCAGUCCUCAGUCUCCCAAGAAGCCAAUGCCAUCCAAGGAGGGGUGUCUGUGGCUUUGGAAUGUCUCACUCUCAAUCUUGGUGAAGAACAAGUUUCAUGGUCUCCAAGUAAAUGGGGUCUUCAUAACAUCAUAGGAAAUCCUCAGGACUCUAUCCAGGUAGAACUGAUCAGCACUGAUUCCCAUGACAUGGUUCAAGUGAAGUACAUUGUGACUCUACAAGACGAUGCCCUAAUCUCACAGCUCAUGGUCUCUAAUAACUCUGAUUCAUCGUCACUCCAACUAAGUGGGUGCAUUUUAAGCCAUCUGACAGUGAGCUCACCUGAUGCUACUUUCGCAGUUGGUUUGGAGAGGUCAGAUUUCUUUGGCAGGUUACCCAUUUUGACAAGUUCAGCUAUAGUCCCUCCAGAGUAUGGCCAGAAAAGUGAAUCUCAAUUCAGCCAACUAUGGAAACAAUUGGCAUGGGGUCCUAGGAAUGGCCACCAAACAGAAACUGAACGACAAGAAGAAGAAGAAGAAGAAGGAGAAAUGGAGGAAGGGGAGGAACAUGACAAUUAUAAGAACUUGAGGGAGCAAAUGUGUCGAAUAUACACCAGUGCGCCUCGAGACUUCACAAUUAUUGACAGGGGUAGACGAAACUCAGUGGUGAUUGGAAGAGAUGGGUUUGAAGAGCUGUACAUGUUCAGCCCUGGCUCAAGUCAUGAAUACUAUGGUGAAUAUGCUUAUGUCUGCAUUGGCCAGUCGGCGGUGCUUAAUCCAAUAAUCUUGGGGCCUAAGGAAUCAUGGACAGGUGGACAACGUUUGCACAAUCCAAAUCCGUAACUGUGGUUGUGAGAACAUAAACGUCAUAGCUAUGAGAUUAUUAAUGUAAAGAUAAACUAGCUCUUCAUUAUAUGGAUGCAAAACUUGUUCCAAUGUUGCUAUAUUAGCAGGCUGAAAAACACACCAGAGAAUGUUACCAGUUGUUAAUGUAGAAACCUCACCAUU